AUGUGGACCGGAUUUAAGAUAUUAAUUUUUUCUUAUCUGGCUACAGAAGUUUGGACCAAGAGGCGUUACUUAUCUCAAAGAGAAGUGGACCUAGGAGCUUAUUUCACUAGGAAUCACACCAUUUUGGAAGGUACUCGAUUCAAAAGAGCCAUUUUCCAAGGGCAAUACUGUAGAAGUUUUGGUUGUUGUGAAGACAGAGAUGAUGGCUGUGUCACUCAGUUCUAUGAGGCAAAUGCAUUGUGUUACUGUGAUAGAUUCUGUGAAAGGGAAAAUUCUGAUUGCUGUCCUGAUUACAAGUCCUUUUGCCGUGAAGAAAAAGAAUGGCCUCCUCCCACACAGCCUGGGUAUACCGAAGGUUGCUUCAGAGAUGGCCAGCACUAUGAAAAAGGAUCAGUGAUUACAGAAAACUGCAACUCCUGUACAUGCUCCGGACAGCAAUGGAAAUGUUCCCAGGAUGCAUGCCUUGUUCAGCCAGAAUUAAUUGAACAUGUCAACAAAGGAGACCAUGGGUGA